AUGGAGACUGACAAGAUGACUCAGAAAACAAACAAAAAUACCGACCAUUGCCAAUUACAGGCACUGGCUUACCCACUGCUCAGACUCGCAGAACAAAAGCCGAACGACAGCGGGGUAGGCGGUCAUGCUGAAGCCGCUGUUGACAUUACCCGCAAGGUUUCCGAGUCAAUGAAGAUACAAGACAAUGAACCAGAUUUCAAAGCGUCCUGGUUACCAACAGAGAUAUAUCAAAUGAUAGUCAAUCACAUUGCGUUAGACUAUAACGAAAGCAACCAUGAUGAAAGCAAGAUACGAGCCAAGACUCUAUCCUCCCUAGCUCGAACUUGCAGGUCCCUCCAAUGUCUCAGCGAACCAUAUCUUUACUCCUUCCCCCAAAGCUCACGACUAAAGGGCUUUGGAGGUCAAAAGCACUUUCGGCUAGCAAUGGCGGUUGAAUCCCGUCGAGCAAACCUUAUUCAGGUUCUCGACUUUGCUUUGGACUCUGAGAGGUACUCCCGAAGACUUGUUAUCGAUAUAGCACGACGAUGCCCAAAUUUACAUACUCUCAAGUUGAGAUGUGUACAAAAUGCUCGUCUGGGGGUUGAAAUCACACAAAACUAUGUUGAUGACCUGGCUGACUUGUUCUCUGUUUGUCCCAAAGUCAGAAAGCUGGGCCUUUUCAUACCUUUCCCAGAGGGCAGUCCGAUACCGUUACAAAAAAGGCUGAUAGCUGAGUUCUCGAAGAACCUCACGCAUGUUAAGUUGGAUGGUGGAGGUGCCUGGUUCCAGAGAGUCAUGUUGCCUCAUCUGUCACGAAAUAUGAUAUCCUUGAGCAUGCUGGCAGCUGGGGAUGGGAAUUUAUCAGAUUUCCUGUUAAAAUUGUCCCAGCGCUGUUCAGCCAUGCAGAGGCUGGAGUUGAACUGCGACAAGACAACUUCAGUGGAUCUGAUCAGAUUUUGCAAAGCCUCAGGCCCAUCACUUAAGUUCCUGAGCCUCGACAACUUGGAUUAUAAUGGAAGCAUCGUGAGCCAGUUCUUCUAUCACAUGCAAGCCCUGCAAGAUUUUCACUUGGGCCCAGACUUCCCUUUCUAUGUCAAAGAUAUAACGGCCAUGUCAAAACAGUCAUGUUUGAGAACAUUUAUCUCAGAGUCUGAUGAGAUUCGCCCUGGCAAUGCUAUUGCUAAAAAAGCGUCGACUGCUCUGAAUCACGCUCUGGCUAGAUUUCUAUCUGCGCAUAUGCUAACACUGAAGACUAUCUGGUUGGAUGGGGAAUUCCUCUUGGACAAGAAUGUCUUUGAGAACUAGAAGCUGGCGAGGAACUUGCAAUGUGUGUACCUGCACUGGGCGGAUGGACUUGCGAGAAAGGAUAUCGAUGAUCUCUCGGAAGCCUGUCCGAAACUUAGGGAGGAAUUGAGUGAUGAGGAUGUUGAUGACGAUGGGGAUCGCUUGCAGGGGAUAGACCAGCUAGAUAUCGAGGAUAGUAGUGAUAUGCGCUUCGAGGACGAUUAUCCUUGUUGGCAAAGUAGUUGGGCAAUACGGCUACGCCCACCUCGAUAUAAAAAUAACAAUAUAUAACAAAAGUGAUUCUACAAC